AACGCCUUCUUCUUCUUCUUCUCCAAAUCAAAUUGUCGGAUCAUUCUCUCUCUCUAUUGAAAAAUGUCAGGCCGCGGUAAGGGAGGCAAGGGUUUGGGAAAGGGAGGAGCCAAGAGGCAUCGUAAAGUGCUUAGAGACAACAUCCAAGGUAUUACGAAGCCAGCCAUUCGUCGUCUGGCCAGAAGAGGUGGAGUCAAGCGAAUCUCUGGUCUGAUCUACGAGGAGACAAGAGGGGUACUCAAGAUCUUCCUUGAGAAUGUGAUUCGUGAUGCUGUCACUUACACUGAGCACGCUCGCAGGAAGACGGUCACCGCCAUGGAUGUGGUUUACGCCCUCAAGCGUCAGGGAAGAACCCUAUACGGUUUCGGCGGCUAGGGUUGUAACCCUUUUAGUUUCAUAUCAAUUUAGUUAUUGUGUUAGAUUGAUAGAAUUUAGUUAAUUUGCUAUGCUAUGCUCAAUUCAGUCAGUAAUGACUGAAAUUAUGCCUAGAAUAUUCUUGUUUGACACAUAUGAAUCUUACAUUGCCAAAUGAAAUCAAGUCCAUUCAUCAAGUGUUGAUAAUUUGAUCUUACUUUGUACACAGAUGAUGUCUAUUUGGUUGUUUUAAAUGGUGAAAAUAUUAUUAUGUGAACAACUUUGACUGUUUUCUUGCUUUAA